AAACUGGUACAAACUCCUUUUUAUGACAGACAGAAAUACAGUCAACGCAUCGUCUUACGGACAACCCACUAUUGCAGAAACCUCUUUAGGACGGACAGAAAUGAACGUGCUGGUGGAAGUGUGAGAUGCCCAAGUACCGUUCUACCGCUAAAAUCAAGACCCCAGUUACUUUGGCAGAAAGGCUCACAAUGGUCGGAGAAACGCCCAGUACCACGAAGUACAACAAAAUUAAUUUAUCUCGUUCAAACGGCGGUGUGUAUUCCGCCGAGACUGCUCGAAUCUGGGGGAUUUGGUGACGCUCACAGCUGCGAUUGCGAUGUGAUUGUGCUGAGUUACAAGCGUAAAUGCGGCAACGUACCACCUUCCCAUGUCGCCUACACUUUCAAAGAGAAAAUAUCUUGGAGCGCGGGGAGAAAUCUACUCUAUUAUUUAUCGACAAGUCGCCAAAAGCAGUACCUAUAUUACAUUUUCAUGGAUGAUGACGUACAAUUAUCGUACAGAAAUCGCUUCGUGUCUGAAGAGCGCAGCAUUUCUCCUAUGAGAGCUUUUGAGCAGUUCUUGGUUAAGAAAAGACCAGCAGUAGGAACCGCUAAUUACCAAAUUCAUCACUCCGCAGAAGAUAUGCUACAAAAACGGCGUCGACUAUGUCCUAAAUGGAAAUCAAGAAACAACUCUGAAAAGGUAGACUACGUACCAGUCACGCACUUUGACGCGUGCUUCAACGCUUUCCAUCGGGACGCAAUACACUAUUUAAUACCAUAUCCCACGGAUUACGAUGAUAUCUGCUGGUGGCACAGCCAGAGAUACGUUAUUACUGCAGCCGAACUCGUGUUUCGAGGUCAUGUGUGGAUAUACGCACCAGUGGUAAUUGCGGUUAAUUCACAGCAUAGUGACUACCCUCGAGACGACCGCAACGCCUCUAAGGUAUGGAGUGAGCUAGUACGUCGAGUAGCGCGCACAUUACCCGCCGAGUAUCAGCGCAGUCAGCUCGUCCGCCGUUUUACCGAGAACCCGGAGCAGUACGUCGAGACUUCGCGCGCGGUUUGUUUUGAUCUACCACCGCUACAUCCAGUGGAGCCGUACGCUCAUUUUACAGUGACAGGUAUCCCCCGGGGGGGGCGGGGAGCUGUGACUCGGAGGCCUGGCUCCUCGGGUGCGCUUGGUUAGGCGGUUACCAAGCUAUCCGAUACCUGUAAGUAUAUUCUACCGAAAGGUGUGACAGGUAUCCCCCGG